AAUCAUGACGUCAGUGAUCUUCAGGUCGGAAAGUCGGAGAAAGAGUUCCCAGAUGUUGAGGCCUGAGUUCAAGUUGGAAUUCAGAGUUGGAUGACCGUUUAAAUCGACAGUUGUCCCACUUAUUUCCCAGUUGUUUUGAACGCACUGAAUCGGAAGUCGGAGAUUUUCGAAUUGCCAUUUGUUUUGUACGCGACAUAGAAUUGUACCGCAGUAAUCACAGGCAUGAACCUAUAACAUUUGUUUGCGGACCGCCAUACUACCAAAGAAGAAGACGCUGCUCUAAUCAGUCAUCUCGUUAGCUUGCUAGCCAACAUAGCCAAAACAUUGGCGCUCUUUAGACACUGUGUUUUAAGCACACUUCUGUCGUAUCUACUAGUUACCCCAUUUAAUGUCAUAUGUACGCAGUUGUUAGUCAGCUAACUGGCUUGUUAAAUUAGCAGUAGCACUAGGCCAGUCGCUAAUUCUAACUAGCUAGCUAAGUGACAUCCCCGACCAUGAGUUCACUGAGUUACUUGCACCCUGCUAAAGAAGAGGAGGCAUGCUGGGCGGAGAAAGAAGCUCCCGUGAAAGUGGAGAGGGAAGAGGAGGCUGUUAAACAAGAAUCAGAGAAUGAGGCUGUUACAGUGAAAGAAGAGGAAGAAGCUUUCAGAGUGAAAGAGGAGGAAGAUGCAGUUUUUGCAGUGAAGGAGGAGGGGGGGAUCACUGACGAAGACAUUUUGGGAUUGAAGGAGGGGAGAUUACUGUCACAUUAGAGGAGACGGAAGAGAAAGACGUUUUUGGAGUGAAGGAGGAGAGGGAGAUUACUGUCACAUUAGAGGAGACGGAAGAGAAAGACAUGUUUGGAGUGAAGGAGGAGAGCGAGAUUACUGUCACAUUAGAGGAGACGGAAGAGAAAGACGUUUUUGGAGUGAAGGAGGAGAGCGAGAUUACUGUCACAUUAGAGGAGACGGAGGAGAAAGACGUUUUUGGAGUGAAGGAGGAGAGCGAGAUUACUGUCACAUUAGAGGAGACGGAAGAGAAAGACGUUUUUGGAGUGAAGGAGGAGAGCGAGAUUACUGUCACAUUAGAGGAGACGGAAGAGAAAGACGUUUUUGGAGUGAAGGAGGAGAGCGAGAUUACUGUCACAUUAGAGGAGACGGAAGAGAAAGACGUUUUUGAGGUGAAGGAGGAGAGCGAGAUCACUGUCACAUUAGAGGAGACAGAAGAGAAAGACGUUUUUGAGGUGAAGGAGGGGGAGAUUACUGUCACAUUGGAGGAGGAGACUGGAGAUCUGAUUAACACCAGAGAGAGGCCGGACUCUCACUCUGACAGCGGGAAGAGUCCUUCAGGGGAACCAGACCCAGAGACGCCCAUACCAGCGGGACAACACCACACUUCCCAUUGGGGAAAGAGUUUUAAGCGGUUAUGGACACUAAAAGGGCAUGGGAGAACACACACAGAAGAAAAGCCUUACCACCGCUCAGACUGUGGGAAGAGGUUUAGCCAGAUAGACAGCCUGAAACGACAUGAGAGAAUACACACAGGAGAGAAUCCUCACCACUGCUUCCAGUGUGGCAAGAGGUUUACCCGUUUAUGUUACCUGAAAAUACAUGAGAGAAUACACUCUGGAGUGAAGCCUCAUCACUGUUCCCAAUGUGGAAAGAGUUUUACCCAUUCAGGGAGCCUGAAAAAACACGAGAAAACGCACUCAGGAGAGAAGCCCUACCACUGCUCCCAGUGUAGAAAAAUAUUUAACAGUUUAUGGCACCAGAGAAUGCAUGAGAGGGCACACACAGGAGAGAAGCUUUAUCACUGUUCCAACUGUGGAAAGAGUUUUACCCGGUUAGGGAACCUGAGGACGCAUGAGAGGGCACACACAGGAGAGAAGCCACAUCACUGUUCCCACUGUGAAAAGAGUUUUACCCGGUUAGGGCACCUAAGAACGCAUGAAAGGGCACACACAGGAGAGAAGCCAUAUCACUGUUCCCACUGUGAAAAGAGUUUUACCCAGUUAGGGAACUUAAGAACACAUGAGAGGGCACACACAGGAGAGAAGCUUUAUCAUUGUUCCCACUGUGGAAAGAGUUUUACCCGGUUAGGGCAGCUGAGAACACAUGAGAGGGCACACACCGGAGAGAAACCUUACCACUGUUCCUUUUGUGAAAAGAGUUUUACCCGGUGGGGGAGCCUGAAAAAGCAUAAGUGGAUACACACGCGUGAAAAGCCCUACCAGUGCUCCUUGUGUGGAAAGAGUUUUACCCAGUUAGGAAACCUGAACCAGCAUGAGAGGACACACACAGGAGGGGAUAAGACCUACCACUGCUCCCAGUGUGAAAAUAGUUUUACCCGGUUAAGGCAUCUGAAUAAGCACGAAAGAAUACAUACACAGGAGGAGAAGACAUACCACUGCUCUCAAUGUGGAAAGACAUUUUCCCAGUCAGAGGACCUGAAAUCACAUGAGAGAAUAGAGAGGCUGUGUUCUGACUUGUGUUUUUGAUUGAGCAUGUGUUUUUGUUUAUGCGAAAAACAAAAACAAAUUGUAUGUAUGAAAGCUUUCAUUAAAAGAAUAGGUCUACUUUUAAUUUUUUAUCGAGACCAUGAUCAUAUAUAAAAAUCUGAUAUUAACAUUUUGUUUUGAUUAGGAACUUUGAUUGAUUGGAUAGUAUCAAUCCUUAGAUGUUCAUGUUAUGAUUUUUGGAUAUUUCAAAAUGUAAAUAAUUAAGUAGAUUUAUUGGAAGGUGCAUUUCUCUGUUUUAACCUUAAUCUCUUGAAUGUAGUUGUUUCAUUGCGUACAUUUGUGUACUAUUCAUCAAGCGAAAGGUGUAUGAAAAUGUGAUGAUGUAGUUCUGAUGACGUUAAGAUGUUGACAUGAAAAACAUUCACUUCCUCGUGAAAAUUCCCAUCAGUAUUAUUCCACCAUGUCAGAGAAAACUCUGGUGCUGAUUGUAAAAAGGAUUUGAUUAAUGCAAAAUAUUGUGUUUGGGAAAAAAAAACAUUUGGAACACCAAUAUAUAAUUAUAUACAUCUACAUUAUGUAUUGUUAUACCAUGUAGGAGCAGUAUAGACCUAGUCUGUUCAUUAUAUACAUCUACAUGAUGUAUUGUUACACCAUGUAGGAGCAGUAUAGACCUAGUCUGUUCAUUAUAUACAUCUACAUGAUGUAUUGUUACACCAUGUAGGAGCAGUAUAGACCUAGUCUGUUCAUUAUAUACAUCUAUGUAUUCUUACACCAUGUAGGAGCAGUAUAGACCUAGUCUGUUCAUUAUAUACAUCUACAUGAUGUAUUGUUACACCAUGUAGGAGCA